UCCGACAACUUCUGGACGUUAAACACAUGACAUGAGCGACUUGACAAGACUGUACUAUUUACUGUUACUAGCUAAUGCGAGUUAUCUCGCUUUAACUAAAUCCGACAACCAAGUGGAAAAUUAUUGUCGUCUCUGUAAGCAUCACACCAUGUGUCGUUAUCCCUCCGAUGAUGUAGGAUUCAACUGUAAAAAUAUUGUCGAUGGUGAUCUCGGUCACGAAGAAAUAAUAUCGAUAGUAGAUCAACAUAAUUUUCAUCGCAAUAUAAUAGCAAGUGGGCAAGAGAUACGGGGUAAUCCUGGACCACAACCACCGGCUAAAAAUAUGAUGGAACUAACUUGGGAUGUCGAACUUGCACGUCUAGCCAAGAGAUGGGUACUCCAGUGUAUACUGAGUAAAGACAAGUGCAGGGAUGUAAUGCGAUUCAAAGUAUGGCAAAAUAUAAACGUUUUGAACAUUGAAUCACUUGAAACUGGUACAACUGGACUUCAUCGCAUUCCAUUUCAUCUCCAAUCUUGGUCAGACGAUGUUGAGAAUUUCGAUGCUGCUGAAGUUGGACUGGUAGACUUUGCUGAAGACAGUCGGGGUCCGUACAUCGGGAUAGCAGCAGGGAACAUAACCCUCGUGGGUUGUGGUCGAGCGACAUAUAGCGUAGAGUUGUGGGAAACGGGACCGACGAGUACGACGACUCCAACAAGCUCGUCCUUGUCCUUGUCCGCGGCCUCAGCAUCCUCGUCCUCAGUAUCGGCAUCAGCGAAUCCACAACCAGGGACACUGAAGUUUCCUCGAGAAAACACGAACAUCAGUAGCGUUAUUGGUGACUUGAGCAAUAUACGAGGUCACCGGCUUGAGGUACUUGUCUGCAAUUACGGAGCUAUCGAUCGCACAACACCCCGGAAUCUCUAUGAGGAUGGAAUGCCUGGGUACUGUCCCGAGGGUUUUACUAACAGUCCUCGCUACGAGUAUUUGUGCUGUAAAACAGAAAAUGAAGAAGAUGAACAAUGGGAUAUUGUCGAUAAUACACGAAGUUCUAGUUAUAUUGUUCGACAUUCUACCUCAAAGCUAUUUCUCUUUACACUUUACCAAUAUCUUAUGAAUGGUCUAUUGUCUACUGGAUUUACUGUACGGCAAUAAAAAUUUCACGAUCCACUGGGGAAUGUGAUUAUAAACUUUACCAUUAUCUUCAUACACUUAUCCUCAUCCUCUGAACUCUACAUCUCUCGUCUUCCUCAUCAACGGCGUCGUCUUCAGCUGCGUCGCCUCAUGAUGCUCGAUCGACUCAAAAGAUUUUCAAACACAAUAACACAAUUGACAAUAGUAUGUACCCAGUUGUCUCUUUCACACUCUCAAUUCAUUCCCCCCGGGCAACUUAAAAAAAUAAAAAUAAUAAUGAAGAAAAAAGAGAAACAAAACCAACAACAACAAUAACAACAAAACAUACAAAGUUUGCUAUGACAAUUAGCAACUCACUUUUGUAUCCUCUUUUCUCACAAAGAAAAGAAAAAAUAAAUAUAGAAAAAAAAAUAACAGAGUAAACUGAACUUGUGAAGAAACAACUCGACACUUCACUUUUUUAUCUGGGGGUUAUA